CCGGGUUUUAGGACUCAGAUGUGCUAUUGGUCGAAAAAUUGAGCUAUUUAUGAAUAGCAAUUCUGUUUCUCACAGCAUCAGAGUACCAUCGCAAGAUAACACUGAAAAUUUUAUCAUUUAGACGUUUGACCUAAAAAUUAGGAAAGAACACUAUAUUUCAAACAUAUUAUAUUGAGGAUUGCAGUGCAAAAUGGCUGACAAGAGUUUUAUACUGGGGAUGGAUAUUGGAACGACUUCAGUAAAAGUUUGUGUUUACGACCCGAAAACAAAAGAAAUUGUUGCUAAACAAAAUAAGGAUACAGCGGCAAACAUACCGAGCGACCAAGGUAUAGAGGGUAACAAACAAGAUGUGCCAAAAAUAGUAUCAGCUAUUCACUACUGCAUCUCUCGUCUUCCGAGAGAUGUACUACGAAGUGUCACAAAAAUUGGAGUGUGUGGCCAAAUGCACGGAGUUUUGUUAUGGAAGAAAGGUGCCUGGGAAAAGGUCGAAAAAGAUGGGGUUGUGAUGCGGUUUGAGGCAACGAGAGAAAACAUGUCAGCAUUGUAUACUUGGCAGGAUACAAGAUGUAAACCAGAAUUUUUAGAAUCAUUGCCUAAGCCGGACUCACGUUUAAAUUGCUACUCUGGGUAUGGGUGUGCAACUCUUUUAUGGAUGCUUAAACACAAGCCUGAAAAGCUGAAAAAUUUUCAAUAUUCUGGGACAGUUCAAGAUUUUGUGGUUACUAUGCUUUGCGAUUUGGACAUCCCAGUAAUGUCUGAUCAAAAUGCUGCCAGUUGGGGAUAUUUUAAUACCGAAAAAAACGAAUGGAACACCGAUAUUCUAAAAUCGGUCGACUUUCCAGUAGAGCUUUUACCUAAAAUCAGUAGAAGUGGUGAAUUUGCAGGGAAAUUGAAGGCCGCUUGGAAUGGUAUUCCUGAGGGAACGCCUGUAAGUGUUGCCAUGGGCGACUUACAAUGUUCUAUUAUCGCUACUCUUGAGACCAAAGAGGAUGCAGUUCUGAACAUAUCGACGUCUGCCCAGUUAGCAUUCGUGGUGAAUAAUGUUACCGACUUAGGCUGUAAAACAGUCGAACACUUGCCUUAUUUUAAUAAUACACACUUAGUAGUAGCUGCGUCUCUAAAUGGAGGCAAUGUUCUAGCCACCUUCGUAAAAAUGCUUCAACAAUGGAUGCUUGAGCUCGGUUUUCCUACGCCUCAGUCCAAGGUAUGGGAAAAACUAAUCGCUUUGGGUUUGGAAGCUAAAACAUCGAAUAUGCAGAUAAUUCCACAUUUGUUAGGAGAAAGACAUGCCCCGACUGCAAAAGCUUCAGUGGAAAAUAUUGACCUUUCUAACAUCCAACUGGGUAGCGUGUUUAAAUCGCUCUGUGAUAGCUUGAUACAAAAUUUACAUCACAUGAUGCCUAAAGAAAUAUUGCGAAACGCCAAUGUAAAACGAAUUGUUGGAAAUGGGUCCGGUUUAUCUAGAAAUGCUGUAUUGCAGAGAGCUGUUGAACACUAUUACAGUUUGCCACUAGAAUUUACUUCAGGGGGCGAUGCAGCAAAAGGAGCUGCUAUUGCAAUAAUAUAGUCGACUAGUUUAUUUAUUACGUUAUUCUGAUCUUCUUUCGUUUUAUAAUCGUUAUUGCUCUCUGUUCAAGAGCAAGUUAAUGUAGGAAUGUUAUAAGUAGUUACAAGUAGCCUAAACACAUAACUAUUUAAUGUAUAAAUAAUGUUUUGAUAAACAUAUUCAAAUUAUCCGAAAUAGUUUCUGAGCUGUUCUUGAUCUAUAUCAUUCCAAUUUAUUGCAUAUUUGUGACAAACUAGUAAAAUUAUAAGUUUGAUGUGACAUUAUUGCCUAAUAAUAAAAUUAACAGGAUACUAGGUAUU